AUGCUCCUGUUGCUGCUUGGAAUCUGCCUCGGCAGUCUGCAUCCAGUUUACGUGCAUCUCUUCACCCGGCGGUCACCAGGUCUCCAUUCUCUUCUCCCGCCAGGCUUGACACCUGCCCCAAUAUCAACCAUUCCGCCCUUUCCGUCUCUUCCUGAGCCGGACGCGCCGAUCCCAGAUAUCGUACACUACGUCUACAUCAAGGAUCAAGCUGAAGACCUUCAUUACGCUAUUUACCUCGCUGUUCGUUCCGCCAUGAUCAAGCUUCAGCCGGACAGGAUCAUGUUUCACUGCGUGCGCCAGCAUCCGAGCGGGUAUUGGUGGGACCGUUUAUUGGAGUGGGAGGGCGCUGGUGGUGCCGGUUUUGCGGUGGAAGUGGUAAAGGCGCGUGAAGUGGACUGGGUCGGUCCGGGCAGGACGCCAGUGAAGCAUUACGCCCACAAAGCGGACAUUCUGCGCUUGGAAAUCCUACUCAAAUACGGAGGGAUCUACCUUGACAUGGACAUGUUCAUCAUCCGUCCUUUUGCGCCGUAUGGGCUCAUGCGUCAAGACGUCGUCAUGGGGAUGGAAGUUGGUCGGCUGGACCCUUUAUUGAUGCUUGAUGGACCGGGUUCAGAUGAUGGCAAUCACCCCAAUGGACUUUGCAACGCGGUCAUCCUGGCGCGACCGGGAGCAGAGCUCCUCAAGAGAUGGCUGACGACAUACGAAGAGGGGUUUCAAGCAAUAUACUGGUCAUACAACAGCGUCCAAGUGCCUUGGCUCCUGGCCAAGCUGUACCCCACACUCAUAACCGUCUUGUCGGACCAGGCAUUUUUCUGGCCGAUCUGGUCUGCUGAUGAUGUCAAGACGAUACACGAAACGACCGAAUACGACUUCUUGGAGUCAGGCCAGUUGGCAUACCACGCUUGGGGUCAUCUGGCCAUGGGAUAUUUGGUCGAGCUAGACCCAGAAACGGUUCAAGCAAGGGACACGUCCUUUACCCGGCUACUCAGGACGUUCCAGGGGAAAGAUGAGGUGGCGCGGUGGAGAUCGGCUACUGAAGCAGACUGA